UGGCGAAUGUAAAAAUUUAUUACCGAUAGUGCAAAGCUUUAAUAUCGAACUUAUUACUUUACCAUUACCAUUACUUACCAUCCAUUACUUAUUAUCACUUUGGUAGAAUCAUAUAUGAAUACCGGUUGCUCUUAUUUCAAUACCAUAUUUCUAGGUGUGUAUGUAUGUACAAGCAGAGAUAUAGCUAUAAUAAUACAUUAAUAAUAUUGUGGAAACUUUACUUAUUUAUCUCUCCGAGGAAACCACACGAUACAUCCGGUUUACAAAGUAUAUAUGACCUCAUGCCUAGCCUAAAUAUAAUCGCCUUUUCACGUAUGUACUGAGUAAACUUGGCUCAAGUAAAUAUUUCCUGUUGAAAAAAUGAUUUUCAAAAUUUCCAAACCCGAGAUAAUAUUAAUCUGUGCGUUAAUAAUUAAUACCUUUCGCGACACGAAAGGUUGGAUGGCCGACCUUCCAGCAUGGAUUGAAAAGGUGGACAAGGAAAUAUUCGAUCUUCCUCUCGAGGCGGAGAAUAUUUCAAUUUCCAACCACUCGGGAAUUGUUGUCUGUUUAUUCCACCUCGUUUCACGCUACAGCCCACCAAGACCUGGCGUGUCUGGCAGUACCUUCGUUCCGAGCGAAAAUUUUGAUGGGAGUCUGUGCACCCACGUGAUCUGUACCAGAAUCCACAUUUCUCACGAUCUCCUUAUCUAUGAAAGCAACGAGUUCCAUGCGCUCCCCAUGGUGAAGCACCUCCGUGAAAAAUAUCCCUCCACCAACUUUCUCCUCGACGUGACCGUGUGGCCCUCAGAUCCGGCCCAAUACGUCCAAAACAAGACGUCUUUCGUUGACCGGGUUAAAAACAUAUUGAGAGACAACGGCUUUCAAGGGGUGCACCUCAACCAAGCUUUUAGUGGGGAGGAUCACACCCCUUCCAAAGCUCAAUACCGAGCAUUGGUGAAGGCUCUGAAAACAGACUUCGCUCAGGAGAAUCUUAUCUUGACGAGCGAUCUAGUAAUGCAGGACGGGAAAAUAUCCGAUAUCCAUGAAAUGUUCGACCUCGUCAUGGUCAAUCCUUUCGGACGAAAUUAUGACACCAUGACCAGUUUCUUUUUCACUCCGGCCAAUUACUUAGACGGGAAGGGGAUUCGUGCCGGUGGCAAGAGCAAUUUUGUCCUGCAGGUUUACAUGUUUGGAUUUAUGGGCGAGUUCUCCACCCUGGACGGAGGAGUGACAAGGAAAUUCGAAAACGAUUUUUGGGAUUAUAACGAACUUUGCCAAAUAGUUGAGAAUAACGGUAUGGAGUUAUUAUGGGACUCCAAAGCUGGGAUGGCCAUACUCACCAACGGGACAGUGGGGGUACUCACGCCAACCCCGAAAAGUGUCAUGGCUACCGUCGACUUCGCCAUGAAUGCGGGAUUAAGCGGGGUCAUGAUGACGUCCACUCCUGAAGACGAUUUUACCCCGUACUGCGGAAGGGUGAAGUAUCCCUUGUCAAAAAGUGCGAAUUUGGCGAUGACCCGUGCCACCAGCCGGGUAGUCAGGAAUCAAACCGUAUCUGAAGAGUUGCCCUUGUCACUACCGACCAAAUAUAUUCCAAUUCUUAUCGCUGGCAUGAUAAUGUUGACAAUUCUGGGAGCAAUUGGGGUUAAAAAGAUGAAAAAUAUACGGCGUUCUACUACUAUUCGACUAUUAGAAGACAUCCAGCUAAGUCCCUUCAUCCCUAGCGACUUGGCAAGCGUACUUCUCCCCCCAUUACAAAAUAUUUUACCAUUGCCAUCCCCUUGGAGAUCUGAUUCUUCACUGGUAUGUUACUCCAUCCUGGGAAAAGGAUCGUACGGGGCCGUAUAUCGAGCCGAAGAUCUGGCCGCCAUUUCCCAUACGGAAUACGCCAUCAAAUGUGUGGAUAUAAUCAAAACGCUCUCAGAAUGCGAUGAAAGCCAUACCAACUCCACAUCAUCCUCACCUUUCCCCAGUGAGAGGUCCAUUUACCUGAAAAAAUAUGUCACCACGCUUCUUAACGAGAUAGAAAUCAUGGACCAACUAACUUGUGACCAUGUCGUUCGGUCCUACGGGUGUUGGGCGGAGGCCGAAAAUAGUUCCCAAUUAGUCUUAAAUAAGCCCCGAUUAGAGCGCUUUAUCCGCCGACUUAUCGCCACUGCCUCCGCCUCAUCGACGCAGGAUUCACCGCUUAUCUUCAUAAAAAUGGAGUUGUGUCACACCAAUUUAAAAACUUAUUUGGAAAAAUGGUCCCAACCGGGAGAUGAGGUCAGCAUCCUGCGCCAAGUCGCGGCCGGGUUGCGCUACGUGCAUGAAAAAUUCUUCAUCCAUCGGGACCUUAAGCCGGGAAAUAUAUUUUGCAAGAUCGAACCGACGGGUAGUUUAAAGUGGAAAAUUGGUGAUUUUGGGUUAGCUGUGGUGUCCAAGGAGACCGGAAAUGCUGAGGUGGCAGGAACAUAUUUAUACCAGAGUCCGGAAAUGAGGAACAAAUUGGAGUACAAGGUUAACACGGAUUGCUACAGUUUGGGAUUAAUUGGCGUGGAGGUGGUGCACGAGGAGAGGAAGAGCUUUGAGAGAUUCGUGGUUUUUGGGAAAUUAAGGGGAUUGAGUGGGGUGGAACGACGGAACUAUUUGAAUAAGUGUUGCAGAGGGAGAUUUACGACUUUGGUAAAAAUUAUUGAUAAAUUGUUAAAUGUGGACGUGACAAAGCGUCCUUGUUCGGCAAGGUUGUGCGAUAUGCUAAAUAAGAACGUGGAUAUCUAGACAUUGUACAAAUAAUUUUUAUUCUAUGUACACUGUAAUAUUUCUGGUUUAAAAUUAUUGAUAUGUAA